AUGAUGUUAAUUACGCUGCUUGUGAUGACCCUUGCUGCUUUGAUUGAGUCCUCAUCAAAUUAUAGAUGCUAUGGUGAUAUAACAACUUUUGAUACUCCUGUGAUUACAUGUGGAAAUGUGGGAUAUAUGACCAAUUGUGGUGUUCCUGCUGUAGAAAGAGCUGUUAAAAUAAAUUUAUCUGCUCUGAAGAGAUACCGUACCCAGAUUGUUGAUGUGGGCAAAAAAUUAUGUGUGGAUCCUGCCAUACUUGGGGCAAUGAUUUGCUUGGACAGUGGAGCCGGAACUCGCCUGCGGAAUGGUUGGAACAAGGACCAGACCAGAUUCGGCCUGAUGCAGAUUGAUAGCCGCAACUAUCCCGUUGUUGGAGCCUGGGAUAGUACAGAAAAUAUCUUGCAAGGUGGAACUAUCCUAAGGACAUACGUUACUACCUUGCAAAAUAGAAGACCUGGCUUGACAUGGCAACGCUAUUGGAGAGGUGGGAUCUGUGCCUACCAAGCAGGCAUUCCAAGUAUUCUGAGUUAUCAAGGAAGGGACUUUUGUGGAACAUAUGGGAGAUAUGCUGAUGAAGUGAUGGUUGCAGCCAAUACUGAAGAGGACCAGAAACGGCAAGCAGCCAUGGCAGGUGUUUCAUUCGCAGUUGUGUUUCUUUUCUGUCUUCUUUACAGAACUGAAGGAAACGUUCCAGGUUGUACUGGUAACUAUGGGAAGAUAAUGGAUGUUCAAACCACGGGAGCUGGACUUAGAACUGCAACAGCAGAAGGCCUGAAAUCUGGAGGAACUCAAUCUUCAGGCAUUAUUGCAGAGAGAGACCUAAAGAAUAUGAACAAAUAUAAAGCAAAGAUUUUAGAUGUCAGUAAAAAAACAGGCAUUGAGGCAGCUGUGAUUGCUGGUAUAAUCUCUCGAGAAUCUCAUGCUGGAGCUGUCCUGAAGAAUGGCUGGGGUGACGGUGGAAAUGGAUUUGGCUUGAUGCAGGUUGAUAAAAGAUUCCAUAAAUUAAUUGGCACAUGGGAUAGUGCGGAUCAUAUGACUCAGGGUACCCAGAUUCUCUGUGGCAUGAUAAAUGGUGUUGCUAAAAAAUUUCCGCGAUGGACCAAAGCACAGCAGCUCAAAGGUGGAAUUUCAGCCUACAACGCAGGACUUCGUAAUGUUCAAACCUAUGAUGGAAUGGAUGUCGGCACAACAGGCAAUGAUUAUGCCAAUGAUGUUGCUGCAAGAGCCCAGUUUUACAAGCGAAACGGAUACUAA